AUGGCUAGCAGUGGGUCGGACGCAGCUUUUGCGUACCAUGAGCCAAGUAUCUCGACUCUUCUCAAUCAGGCUGGACUUUUGGUGGUCUUGAACCUCAUCAAUGUCUGUCUCGAUAAGCUACUGUACUGUGGACUGAUCGGUCAACUGUUCGUCGGUAUCCUCUGGGGGACUCCCGGGGCAAAAUGGCUGGAUACGGAGACUGAAAGAGUAAUCCAGCAACUGGGCUAUAUUGGGCUUAUUAUGCUGGUGUAUGAAGGUGGCCUAUCAACCUCAAUCAAAUCCAUGAGAGCCAACCUCGUCAUUUCGCUAUGUGUUGCCCACACUGGGAUCGGGGUUCCCAUGGGCUUAUCGUUCAUCUUGGGGAAGCUGGUCUCUGCCAGUCCCCUUCAGGCCUUCGCUGCAGGCGCCUCUCUCAGCGCAACCAGUCUUGGCACCACCUUCACCAUACUAUCAACCACCAAUCUAAUACCGACACGUCUUGGUACUGUCACUACCAGUGCUGCUAUGUUAGAUGAUGUUGUCGGCCUUGUCAUGGUUCAAAUCAUCUCAAAUCUCGGCGGUGGUACCUCUUCGUUCAAUGCCGUCACUGUGGUCCGACCCUUGUUUGUCUCUAUCGGCUUUGGAUUAGGUGUCUUCAUCCUAUGCGCAUUCUGUCUGAAGCCGAUUCUGCAAAAAGCUCUCACUAUGAGAGAUAAUAUGCCGCAAUUUAUGGGAUCUAUGCAAUUUGCUUUCCUUGCGCAGACAUCUGUGCUGGUGGGGCUUGUUGCGGGCGCUACCUAUGCAGGGACCUCCAGCCUCUUCGCUGCGUAUCUUGCGGGUGUGAUCAUUUCUUGGUUUGAUGGGUUGGCUGCUGAUAGCUAUAUUCCGAAUGCUAACACUGAUCGCAAUACAUCGCAGUCAGGAUCUGGCGUGCUAGUUGAGCGGACUACUUCUGAACAGUCCACACCUCAGGAUCUUCCAGACAGUAAUACUCCAAGCACACCGCAGGAACCUUCAUAUAAUCCACAUGAAAAAGUUCCGACCGGUAUAGAAGUAUAUGAGAAGUACUAUAAAGAGCCCGUGAAUCGGAUAUUGAUUCCAUUGUUCUUCGCCUCCAUCGGGUUUGCUAUACCUAUCACUGAGAUGUUUCGCGGAGACGUUGUAUGGCGCGGUAUCAUUUACGCCAUUCUCAUGAUGUUUGGAAAGAUGGUCACCGGUCUAUGGCUCGUUCGUUUCUCGCUUCCUUCGACGACAACUUUGCUGUUCACUCUUGGGAGACCGUUCUCUUGGGCUCUCUUCUCCUGUACUUCUCGUAAAGGCGAAAACAAGAAAAAGAAGAAGUCAAAGGAGAAGGAUACUCGCCCUAGACGCCAAUCUGCAGUUCGUACAGAACAGUCUGAUCAAAAUGCAGAUGCUAGAAACUCGGAUGAACACAAGGGAAAUCCCCCAAACCCCAACCGCAAUGAGCCUGUCUCUGAAACAGAACCUCAAACCACCUCAUCCAAUCCAAGCAGUACCAUGUCCCUCCCUCCCAAGCCGAAAUCGCUUUAUCCACCGUUCAUCCUCGGAUUGGCAAUGGUUGCCCGAGGUGAGGUUGGCUAUCUCAUUGCUUCCCUUGCGGAGAGCCAGGGGAUGUUCUCCGGUGGAUCUAAUGGCGAUGUCUCAGAGAUAUAUCUGGACAUACCCCUUGUGACGCCUUCUUGGGAUAAUAUGGCUGCCCCUGACACGGCCGCGUUUCCCAACUACAACGUUGACCUUUCUCAUGUGGAGGACCCCAACGAGCGUCGUCGAUUAGCCCUCGCACGCAUCGACGACGCCCCGUUCGGAUGGCGUCACGCUCGUGCGGUCGUUGUAGCCGGGGUGGGCUUCUUCACCGACUCCUACGAUAUCUUCGCCAUCAACCUCUGCUCAAGCAUGCUUGGUGUUGUCUUUUGGGAACACGCGACCAACCGCCCUGGCAAGAUCCCAUACAGCUCGGACACUGCCAUCAAGGUCUCCACCUCGGCUGGUACCGUCGUCGGCCAGUUGUUCUUUGGAUGGUUGGCAGAUAUUGUCGGUCGCAAGCGCAUGUACGGGAUUGAGCUGAUCAUCAUCAUAUUGGCUACAUUGGCACAGUGCUUGUCCUCGAAUUCUCCUGCAGUGUCCAUCACUGGCCUUUUGGUCUUCUGGCGUACAGUGAUGGGUAUCGGCAUUGGUGGUGACUACCCAUUGUCAUCAAUCAUUACUUCGGAGUUCGCAACUACAAAGCAUAGAGGGGCCAUGAUGGGAGCUGUCUUUGCCAUGCAAGGCUUUGGACAGUUUGCUGCUGCAAUUGUCGCGCUAAUCGUGACGGUAGGGUUUAAAGGCUCCCUGGAGUCUGCAGCCUCCGUGAGUAAAUGCAGUGGAGUCUGUCAGCUGGCCGUGGAUAAAAUAGAUUUACUAAAAGCGGAUGAAGAUGUUGAUGCUUACAUUUGGGGGAAACACGAAGGUCAUCCUGACGAAGUCAAACGGGUAGCUGUGCUUCAAAGCGCCGAUAUCAGAUUAGUGACUCCAAAAUCAAGUUGGUCGGACUUUCGUUCGCAUUUCACCACUUGGAAGCAUGGAAAGGUAUUGCUUGGUACUGCAGGCUCGUGGUUCUUCCUUGACGUCGCUUUUUACGGGCUUGGUCUUAACAAUUCCAUCAUUCUGACAGCCAUCGGCUGGAACGGUGGAAGUACUGUAUAUGAGUACUUCUACCGCAACGCUGUGGGCAACUUGAUCUUGAUCUGUGCUGGAGCCAUUCCAGGAUACUGGGUGACGGUUGCAACAGUCGACCGGCUGGGCCGCAAGCCAAUCCAGAUUACCGGAUUUGUGAUAUUGACCAUCAUAUUUAUCAUCAUCGGGUUCGCGUAUGAGCCACUGAAGAGGUCCAACAACGGAUUAUUGGCAUUGUACGUGGUAGCACAGUUCUUUUUCAACUUUGGGCCUAACGCCACUACGUUCAUUGUGCCAGGGGAGUGCUUCCCUACUCGGUAUCGAUCAACCUCGCAUGGGAUCAGUGCUGCUUCUGGAAAGGUCGGUGCCAUCAUUGCGCAGUGUGUAUUCGGGCCGCUGGCGCAUCGAGGAGCGAAGGGAGGCGUUAACUCGUCCGAUACGCCGUGGCUCAAUCAUGUAAUGCAGAUAUUUGCACUGUUCAUGCUGUGCGGGUGCUUAACCUCGUUGCUUAUUCCAGAGACGAAGCGUCUGACUCUGGAGUAUUUGUCCGGCGAGGAACCUACACCCACACCCAGGGUCACAGCCUCUGAACAGGAGCAGGGGCCGAAGCGGGAUGGAACGUAG